CUCCAUCGAACAAUUUCCUGGGACGGACGCUUUCACCCCCGAACCAAAACAAAAACAGCCCUGUCAGUAGCUCCUCUGUCUGCUCAGACAGUUUCUGCUGCCUCACAAUGCCGCUGAAACCAUGUUUUAUCUACAGCAUCGGGGCGUCUUCUUUGCUCAUGCUGAUCAUCGGCAUCGCUUUAGUUUUAUCCAACGUGUUUCCAAAUCUUAUGCAGUCGCUGGUUAAAACGGAAGUAGUCCUGAGAAAUGGGACAGAUGCUUUUGAGGCUUGGCUAGAUCCUCCUGCUCCAGUCUACAUGCAGUUUUACUUCUUCAAUCUGACAAACCCAGAGGAGGUGCUGAAGGGGGAGAGGCCAGCUGUGAUGGAGAUUGGGCCAUACACAUAUAGAGAACACCGGCCCAUGGAGGAGGUGGUCUUCCAGAGUAAUGGGACUAGAGUUGCAGCCGUCAACCCUAAAACCUACUUUUUUGAGCGCAACAUGUCCAGAGGUCCCGAAAGUGACCUCAUCAGAACAGUUAACAUCCCUGCUAUGACAGUAAUGGAAAGAUUUAAGGAUAAUAAGGUUGCAGCCAACUUGAUCUCUGCCUACAUGCUCUCCCAAGAAAUUGGCCUGUUCACCACCCACACUGUGGCGGAGCUACUGUGGGGAUAUGAAGACGGCCUGCUUAAAGCCCUCAAAGUGGUUGAUCCUAAUCUGGAUGACAAUUUUGGACUUUUCUAUAAAAACAAUGGUUCAGACGAUGGAGAAUAUUUGUUCUUUACUGGCCAGCAGAACUAUAAGGACUUUGCAAGAGUGGACACAUGGAAUGGGAAAAGCUCGUUGGACUGGUGGACGUCGGAUGAGUGCAAUAUGAUCAACGGAACCAACGGAGCUUCUUUCCACCCAAUCAUCAGUAAAAACGAAGUGCUCUACAUGUUCUCCUCUGACCUGUGCAGGUCUUUGUAUGCAGUCUACACCGAUGAUAUGAUUGUAAAGGGGAUCCCUGGCUAUCGCUUUGCCCCCCCCUUCGAAGUUUUUGCCAAUCUGACCGUGAACCCGGCCAACACGGGCUUCUGUGUGCCGGCCGGUAACUGCCUCGGCUCAGGCCUGCUCAAUGUCAGCAUGUGUAAACAAGGAGCUCCCAUCAUCAUGUCCUCACCACACUUCUACCAGGCUGAUGAGAAAUUUGUGAAGGACGUGUUUGGCAUGAGGCCUAAGAAGGAGGAGCAUCAGACUGCCAUUGAUAUCAAUCCACUUACUGGGAUCAUCCUACGAGCCGCCAAACGCCUCCAGAUCAACGUCUAUGUGGAGAAAAUUCCAGACUUCAGGCAAACAGAGAAUGUGCCGACAGUGAUCCUCCCUGUGGUGUAUCUUAAUGAGAGCGUUCUUAUUGACGAUGCAUCAGCCAAGAAGCUGCAGGUGAUUGCUGUUCAGAAGAACGUCGUGGAGAACAUUCCCUUCAUGCUGAUUGGAGUGGGCAUCAUCCUGGGAGGAAUCUUUAUGUUUUUGAUGUGUCGACAGAAACUCCCAGAGAGCUCUGCAGCAGAACGUCAGCCCUUGCUCUCAUCCUAGCACUAAACAAAAUAUGUGAUGAGAAGAGUGGUGUUGCCAAAAACGCCAUUUUUUUUUUAAUCUGGAGGUCACCACUCAUAACCUAUGCGUUUUCUUUUUAAUAUUUUAAUUCAAAGGCUUCGGGAAACCUAUGCGUCUGUAACGAGCAUUUAAGUUUGCUGUAUUGUUGCUGACAUUUCAUUUUUUUUUAUAAGUCUUACCUUUUUAACAACUAAAUAUGGGAUUUUCAAUGAAACCAAGUACAAUCUUAAAGUAUUAAAGCUAAUUGUAAUUCUUUAGUUAAAAAAUAAAAACAAACUGACAUUGCUGAUCUCUACGUAAAAUAUGCUUUAAGCUGUGCAUGAAACUGUUACCUUCAUGUCUCUACUAAUCAACUCACUCCUAUACCUUUUUUUUUAGGGAAAAGAAAAUCUGUUUUAAGGUUUUGUGUACAAAAAGGAUAUGCAAAUACAAUGACCAUUGAAAUAAUGUUUAAUGGUGUAUGUAUGGUUUGUAUAGACUAAAUGUUUUUAUUUGAGAGAGCCUCAAAGGGUAUUUAUAGUUUACUCAAUGACUAUUUGAUGAUUGGAUCUGCGAGUUUCUUGCCUUUUAGAGUUGUAAUGUAAUGGGGAUUCAGUUGUUUGAAAACAAUGGCAUUCUACAUAACUUGAUCCUGACAAAGGCCCAAUCCCAAUGUUCUCUCUACUUACAACCACUAGCCUUUAUUCACUACUACUAGCCCACACCCACUACUAUUACAACUUUGAAUUGAAGCCACAAGGCAUAGGGCUUUGUAGGAAUUGGGACACCCCUCGUUACAUGUUUCGUGUUCGGGUAACUAAGCAACUGCGUAUUUACAUAUGCACAUGCGGAAGAUACGUCCAACCAUGAGAGAGCGGAAAAAAAGUUUUUUAAUAAAAUGGAAGAUAAAAAAUAAAAAAUCAAAUAAUGUUGACUAAGGAUCAAGUGGGAAACGCUCUUAAGAGGUUUGUGAGUAGCUUUUAAAAAAGCUGUUUUAAAUUAGUCUUAGAAGAACUGUUUCAUCAUCCUACUUCCAAUGCAAACACCCGUUAACUGCCGCAUCUCAACCCCUCUGGUGCGUUGUCUGCCCAGCGGGCUUCUCCGAUCUACCACUCUCCUCCACGAUUUCCCGCUGUUGUUCCUUAGCUCCAGAGGGGCGCACGGCUGGCCACCUCGUAUUGGUUCUAGUCUUCUCUCUGCCAGUGAUCUCGCACUGAUUUCCUGUUACUCCUGCCUUAGCUCAAGCAUGCCGUCUUAUCUUCCCUCUGUUGUCUGGGAGAAUCUGUUGAACCCAGGGAUGCCGACAGCUUUGUUUGGCUUUUAAAAGUAAAAAAAAAAAAUUGUCGCUCCGUAGAAUCUCUUUACUCCCUGUUGAGCUGUCCCUUGCCAGCAUUUGAGAUCCCUCGCUCUGAAGGGCUAGAUUCAUUCACCCUACGUACCCCUCUUAUGUCCACUACCCCUACAUGCCAAGAGGAGUUGGGACAUCCCUACCCUCAAAGGAACACAAAACAUUUAGAAGUAGGGUGAAAAGUAGGGAUAUGGGGCUGAAAUGGGACUGGCCUAAAGUAUAUGACAUAACACAUAAACAGUAUUGCUUCCUAAGGAUUAAGGGAUAGGUUUUACCUGCUGUGACGGUUUUUGUAGGAACAGAAAA